AUGCCACAGGCCAUACUGCAACCACCACCGCCACUGAUCGCGAUACGAUCGAUGGCGGCCCCAGCGAUCGCAACUACAUCGACAACCACAGCACCAAUGGGUGCUGGGAACGCAGCAGUGAUGCUGCCACCACCACCGAUCCCGACAGUGGUGGAAUGGUGGGUCUCCUUUGGGACCCACCAGUUCAUGCUAUACCACACGGAGGCGUGCGCCGUGUGCUACAGCUACCUCCAACACAUCGCGAUGGCACGCAACAUGGCCCCCUACCAGGAAGCCCACACAGAUGUGCUCAAUGCCGAGCAGCACCUGUUCUGGAAGCACUUCCAGACCUACACGGCCUCAGAAGGGGGAGGAUGUGGUGAUGUUCCCAUGCAGCAAUGCAAUAUGGAGCUGCAAGUGCAACUCCGUGCGGCAGAAACAGAAGCAACCACACAGCGACGAUAG